AUGACAUCUCCGGUUAUUAUUGAUUUGGAUAGUUUCAAUACGAAUGACAUGAUAUCGGCAGCUAAAUCUCUUGGCUAUUUCUAUAUCCAACGGUCAUCGGCGUCUUGUGGGGAAGUGGAUGACGAAAAAACUCUACGGAUACUUUGUGACGAUUUUUUUAGUCAGUCUUCACAAAUCAAAUGUUCUUACGGUUCGAGUUAUAUCAAAUCAGAUCACUCGGAUGAACAACCAUUUGAAAAAGAAUCGUUUAUAUUGAAUCAAACAAACACCAAUCCGGAGAUAAUUUUUCUGAAAAGUUUAUUUCAAAAAUGUGAGCAAAUCGGUCAGCGUCUCGAAGAAAUUCUCCGCCCAACGAAUGACCCGUCGUCGUCGUCCUCAUCCGCUGCAUUGAAUACACUGGAAUUGAAUCAUUACUCUCAAACAAGCGAGGAAAUAAUCAAAGAUGAGAAUGACACUUUUUUGUACGAAAUACAUCUACUCUCAACAUUCCAUCUCGAAUACUUCGAUGCAUCAAAACAGGAAUGGAGAUCCAAUUUGAAUCUGAACGAUUACAUUUUAGUUACAUUGCCAAAUUUAGCUUAUCGAUAUACAAGUAGUGAUUUCGAUGAAGAUCUCUCAAAUUAUACAAUGAAAUAUUCUUACUAUUCCCGAAAUAAUCUUGUGAAAAGACGAACUUAUUUUCUUAGUUUGACAGAAAAUACAGGUCUCCGAUAUUUUACAUUCUUUUAUCUGUAUAUUAUGCAAGGUGUUCCAGCUGGAUUUUCUUCCACUGCGCUAGCGAAUUAUCUAACGGCUGAAGGACAAACUUCUUCGACAAUUGGAACAUUCGUCUCACUUUCAGGUCUACCAUGGGCACUUCAAUUUGUUUGGGGACCAAUGAUUGAUCGUUUUCAAUCGUCUCCAAUGGGUCGUCGUCGUCCUUGGAUACUUCUCGCACAAACAUGUGCCUUUCUUGCUUCACUCGGUCUAUUGUUUGUUGGCGACCCUCCGACACAAUAUCUGAAAACGUUAGUGGUCGCUUUCUUCGUGCAUUCGAUAUUUGCGUCGAUUCAAGAUGCAAGUGUAGAUGCUCAGGCUAUCACAAUAAUAUCCGUUCGUGAACGUGGAAGAAUCAACGGAAUUAUGCGUGGAGGAUUUCUGAUUGGAGCCGCUGCUGGUGCUGCAGGCUUGUCGUGGAUUUUACGGAAUAAAGGAUACUUAACAGCGGCGAUCAUCAAUUCAUCUGUUUUGUUUUUCUUUACCCUAUUAACAGUUUUCAUCAAGGAAAAAUCCGAUGAUCAUCUAUUUCCAUGUUCAAUGAAAAUAAAGCAUCGAAGAAAAUACCAACCAGUCUAUGAUUACUCGAUUCUGAAGUUGUUCAAAGAACUAUUCAAAGGAUUAUUAUCAAAACAAUCCCUGCAAUUAUUUAUUCCAAUUGUCAUAGUUUAUUUAAGUCAGGCAAUAUUUAUCCGAGCUUAUAAUAUUCAUCUAAUCAACGUAUUGGGAUGGACCGACACGUCAGUUUCGAUUCUUUCUGGUGCCUAUGGGACCUUAAUUGUUGUUGGUGUUGUACUUACCAGCGGAUGGCUUGCUGAUCGAAUCGGAGCGCGUCGUCUUCUUCUCAUUGUGAUAAUCAUGCAUGCUUGUUACAUGCUCAUUUCGAAUCUGAUCGAACCACUUUGGAACAGGCGACCAGUGGCGACAACGGUAUUAAUUCUUUGGAGCAUGAUGGAUCCAACUCUCUCGGCAGCCUCUAUGCCCGUACUCAUGUCGCUAUGUCAAAAGCAUGUCGAAGGUUCACAAUUUGCAACUUACAUGUCAAUAGUGAAUUUGAGCGAUUUACUUGGAGCUUUUAUCUCAGGUCAAUUGCAACAAUUUUUUCCCGCAAAUGUUAUCGGUAUCGGCUGUGGAGUUCUCAUCAUUGUUGCCUUGAUUACUGUGGCAUUAAGUCUCUGGUGGAGUCGUAAACGUCUCCGAAAGGUGAAAAUUGAAAUGAAACCCUGA